AUGGAUCUCUCACCGCAUCAGCCUCAAGACGACACUAUCUUGCAAAGUGACUGCGACGGCCAACCUGAAGAUGACGACUUUUCGGAAAGCAAGGAAUUCACUGAACACAUAUCGCAGAUGAUGUUCGUCUCUGGCGAAACCGGCGAGCCGUCACCGGAAACAACCACGCUCAUUGAACAGAUCGUUCAACAACAAGUGCAAGAAAUGCUCCGCGAAUGCACCGCCCUCGCAACUCGCCGCGGCAGCCGCAGCAUCUCAACCGACGACCUCAUGAUGCUCAUCCGGCACGACAAAGCCAAAGUCUCACGGCUCCGACACUUCCUCCAAUGGAAAGACGUCCGCAAGAACCUCAAAGACCAAGAAGACAGCGGCAAAGGCGGCGGAGCCGAAGUGCCCGACCUAGGCGGCGACGACAUCCCCGGCGUGGGCGCGACAGGGCAAGGCGAGAGCGCGAAGAAAGUCAGCAAGCGCGCCAAAGUCGAUCUGCCGUGGGACGUGCAGAGCUACUACGGCGAGCAAGUUCCCGCAAGGGACGAUGAGGAAGACGAGGAGGAAGAGGAGAUGAACUACGCCACGCUGCAGCGGCUCAAGAUGGCGGACGAGCGCACCAAGGACAUGACGCGCGAGGAGUACGUGCACUGGUCUGACUGCCGCCAGGCGAGCUUCACGUUCCGCAAAGGCAAGCGAUUUAGGGAGUGGGCCGGCUUUGGCAUCAUCACGGAGAGCAAGCCUAAUGACGAUAUCAUUGAUAUCCUGGGGUUCUUGACGUUUGAGAUCGUGCAGACCCUUACGGAGGAGGCGCUUAAGGUCAAGAAUGCGGAGGAUCUGUAUAAGAAGGAGACCGGGGGGGCGGAGAGUCAGACAAGGAAGAGGAAGAGGGAGGGCGGUCUAUUCGAUCCGCCGGAGGAGGCGAGGGAGCCGGUGCAGCCGAGCCAUGUGAGGGAGGCGUAUCGCAGGCUUCAGCAGUCGUCGAAUAAGUCGAAGGCUAUGUCGGCGUUCUCGAGGGCGAUGCCGAGAAAAGCGUUGAAAUUCGUAAGUCGCAGGAAGACACUCAACGUUUAG